AUGGGAGUGACUAAUCUGUGGCAAAUCCUUGAGCCUGUGAGACAACCUGUCAACUUGAGCACUCUCAAAGGAAAAACACUUGCUGUUGAUUUAAGCCUGUGGGUUUGUGAAGCUCAGACUGUCAAAAAGAUGAUUGGAGUAGUUACCAAGCCACAUCUGAGAAACCUAUUUUUCCGGUUCUCUUUCUUCACAUCUAUGGGAAUUAAACUGGUGUUUGUCAUGGAAGGAGAGGCCCCCAAGUUGAAAGCAGACACCAUGAGUAAGAGGAACGAGAUGCGCUACGGACCUUCCAAGAAAGCUGGAGCUGCAAGAACAGGGAGAUCUAUAUUUAAAGCCAUGUUAAAAGAGUGUCUGGAACUGCUGGAGUGUUUAGGUGUCCCGUGGGUUCAGGCAGCUGGGGAAGCAGAGGCAAUGUGUGCCUAUUUAAAUGCAAAAGGACAUGUUGAUGGCUGUAUUACCAAUGAUGGAGAUGCCUUCUUAUAUGGAGCUCAAACAGUUUAUAGGAACUUUGCCAUGAAUGCUAAGGAUCCACACCUUGACUGUUACACAAUGUCCUCAAUUAAGGAAAAACUGGGUUGUGACAGAGAGUCUUUGAUUGGGCUAGCUGUUCUCCUGGGUUGUGAUUACCUUCCAAAGGGUGUUCCAGGAGUUGGGAAGGAACAAGCUUUAAAGUUAAUUGAAACUUUGCAAGGUCAAAACUUACUGCAAAGGUUUGAGCAAUGGCAGGAACAAUUUCAAUAUGAUAAUAAUCCACCAUUGGUUGUUAAAAGGGUAAUUCACUGUUCUGAGUGCCAUCAUCCAGGAUCUUACAGGGAACACGAGCACAGUGGAUGUAAAUUCUGUGAAAGCUCUAGAUGCUGCAAACCCAGCAACUCCAAAACCUGCUGUCCUUGUGAAUGGCAUCAGCUACAGCGAGUGAAACAAGCAAGUGCAGUGGAGGACAAUAUCAGAAAAAAAGCUACCAGUUGUGAGGGCUUUCCAUUCUCUGAGGUUAUCCAAGAAUUUCUUGUAAACAAGAAUAAAUUGAUCAAGAUAAAGGAAUGCCAAAGGCCAAAUUUAUUGUCCUUUCAGAUAUUUGCUUCUGAGAAGAUGGAAUGGGACAAACAUUACGCUUGUAAGAAACUGUUAACACUAUUGACACUUUAUGAUAUGAUCCAGAGAAAAUCUGGGUACAUUGAUUCAAAACAACUGCAGGCAAUACGGAUAGUCAAGACACGUGUUAAAAACGGAAUUCCUUGCUUUGAAAUUGCAUGGGAAAAACCAGAGCAUUAUGUUGAUGCAGAAGAUGAGUCUGCAGAGUUGUUUGUAGUUACAGUAGAAGAGGAGUCUUUGUUUCAGGCUGCUUAUCCUGAUGUUGUUGCCCAUUAUCAGGUGGAAAAGUCAGAAAUUCUGAAGAAGAAACAAAAAAACAGGAAAGACAGACCAAAAGAAAAAGAAUUACCUGAUGCUAAUGAUGAAGUUAGCAGUCUUCUGUCUCAACUGAAUUUAAAAUCCAGGUGUGGAGUCUUUCCUGUGCAAGACUCCAGGUCAGGUGUAGAAACUGUUCCAAAGUUUGUACACCAGAGCAGCACUGAAUCAAAAGAUCCUGUGUUAGCUUCAGCUUCCUGCCAAACAGCUGUUCAGAUGCCAGCACCAGCUGCUGCUCUUCCUCAGACUGCAUCACCUCACUCACUCUUACAGAGAAUGUGGGCUCACUCCUCUUUGUUGCCAGCACAAUUGACUAAAAAUUCAGGAACAUCAUCCUCUUCCUCUGUAAUUGAUUUGGAAGAAAUCUUCAUCAAUUCACCAGACCAUGGAGGUGAUACCCACGAUCCAGCAGCUGACUUAAGUACCUAUAUAAAACACUUGCAUCCACUAGGUCAUGAAAUAGUAAGAAAUAACUUGGAAUAUUCUGGUGCUGUGCAGUCUGAUCAACAUUAUUCUGAUAGUGCAGAUGAUUUGGUUUCAGAUGAUGCUGUAGGACAAGUUCAGGAGUGGUCUCUAAGCAAGCGAAUACAUAAGAAGACUGCCAUUCCAUCAAGCCCAUUGUUGUCUGAAGAUGUAAAGCAACUGUGGUCUUCAAAAGGUUUUAGACAAACAAAAGAAGCAUUGAAUCCUGAUAAAGAUUGUGUCUCUUCCUCCUGUCAGUUAAAUAAACUAGUGCAGGAAAGUAAAAAUGAGAAACUACAUCCUGGAUGUGAAAUGUUUCCAGUGUCUCAAAAGGCAGCAGAUGUUGUGACUGAUUGUCACAUUAAAAAAGCUACUUGGAAAACUUCUAUUAAAAUGAGUGUGUGUCAGAACAGAGGUCAUUCUAGUGAAGAGAGUGAUGAUGAGAGCAUGAAUAAAAAUCUGAUUUAUGAGCAGCAGAAAAGGCAGCUGAACCCCAGUCAGUUGAAAAAAUGCUUUACAGAGGAAAGCAGUAACACUGUUACUAGCAAAAGAACAAACAGUGACUCAGCCCUUCUAAUUAAAGGCAGGAAGAAUCAGACCAAUUUUAAAAAAGCUGUUCAGAGUUUGGCCUUGCAAGUAUCUCCGAAAGCAUCCUCUGUAGAGGAAGUCAGUUGUCCCCAAAGUCCAGAGCAGCCAUUUGAGAGGUCAGAUUCUGGUCCCACUCUGCAAGCCAAUAGUGCUGUGCUGCCUUAUGCAUGGGCAGACAGUCCCCUGCCCUUGUCUGAAAGACUAAAAGGAAGAAUCAAAAGCAAUUAG